AUGACCAUGGCCACAAAUAGUGGCAUACGGCACAAAACAACUCUGCAAGCGGCCAAAGAACAUCAAGCGGAGUACCAGACAACAUCUGUACUCAGCAGGAAACGUCAAAUUGAUGCCUCUAAAAGUGAUGAUAUCAACAACGCCCAACCAACCGUCAAGCGCAUUGCUCCAUUCCAGUCUGCUUCUGCUCUUUCCAAGGCCCCACCACCCCUCGCUGCGAGCGAAAUAACAAGGCAUCUGCCGCAAGUUGCCCAUAGCAGCACGAUUAAUGGCUUGUCAGAGUACUCUCAGAGGAGAGACUUCCCAGCCACGCCCACUCCAGCCCACGAUGCAUUGCUGAAGCUGUCACACCCUGCCUACAGACUUCCCAAGCCACUGGUCGCCAAUUUCGAAGCCCUAGGUAUAAAGAGCAUCUACCCCUGGCAGAAGCAGUGUCUAAUGGGGCCAGGUCUCCUCAGAGGCGAGAAGAACCUGGUCUACAGCGCACCGACCGGCGGGGGCAAAUCUCUUGUCGCCGAUGUGUUGAUGUUGAAGAGAGUCCUGGAGGACAGGGAGGCCAAAGCUAUCCUCGUGCUACCUUACGUGGCACUUGUCCAGGAGAAGGUCCGCUGGCUGAGGAACGUGGUUCAGGGAAUAUCCAGAGAGGCCAUCACUGGACCCGUUCAGGAAUCUGACCAGAGGUUUUGGCGGAGACGAUCCGAUGAGGAUACGGUUAGAGUUGUUGGUUUCUUUGGUGGAAGCAAGGUCACGCAGACUUGGGCUGAUUUUGAUAUCGGCGUCUGCACCAUUGAGAAGGCAAAUUCACUCGUGAAUACGGCCAUUAAUGAUGGCUCGGUCACCAAGUUGAAAGUUGUAGUCCUUGACGAGCUUCACAUGAUCGAUGACGACCAUCGGGGGUAUCUCUUGGAACUCAUGGCUACGAAGCUUCUUUCCCUCGACGAUCAUGCCGUGCAGAUCAUCGGCAUGAGUGCGACCCUGACAAACAUCACGCUCCUGGCGACAUGGCUUCAGGGCCACUUUUACGAGACACAGUACAGGCCGGUCCCAAUCGAGGAGCACCUCGUCUACGACAGCCGAAUCUACGCUGCCGGGACAACCAGCCGACUGAUCAAAGCCGCCGCAACCCAGGCAAAUGGGACGCAGGUUUCUCAGGCUCCAUCCACUGCGAUAGGAACGGUAGCGGCAUCGGAUGCCAAAGAACUGCAAGAGCCCGUGCUAAACUCAGUCGUUGCUCUAGCGAGCGAGACUGCUCGUGCUGGCUACGGUGUACUGGUAUUUGCAAGUAGCCGCGCGGGCUGUGAAUCGGACGCACUCAUAAUCAGUCGGGUAAUGCCCCCUCUUCACGAGUGGAACAUUGACGUGCAGGAGAAGCGAGCAGACUUGCUCGGAGAUCUCAGAAGUUUGCCCGGGGGUCUUGAUCCGAUGCUGGAGCAAACCAUACCAAAUGGUGUUGCAUUUCAUCACGCAGGACUCACCACUGAAGAGCGGGACCUCAUCGCGAACGCCUAUGAUUCUGGUACCAUCAAAGUCUGUGUGGCCACAUGCUCUCUUGCAGCCGGUAUAAAUCUCCCAGCGAGACGGGUCAUUCUACAUAAUGCGCGCAUGGGUCGCGAUAUUGUAGGACCAUCCAUGCUCCGCCAGAUGAGAGGCCGCGCAGGGCGGAAAGGAAAGGACGAGGUUGGCGAGACUUACCUCUGCUGCCGCCAAAAAGACCUUGAGGACGUCACCGAACUCAUGCAAGCGGAACUACCACAGCUUACGAGUUGUCUCACGAGCGACAAGCACCGCAUACAGAGGGCGCUGCUUGAAGCCGUAGCGGUGAGGCUGGCAACUAGUCGUGGUUCACUCGACGAAUUUGUUCGAAAGACGCUGCUCUAUCAGUCCACCGAUAUUGUCAGGGUCAACGAGAUCGUCGAAGGUAGUCUCUUAGAGCUGCAGGCAAGAGGCUUUAUUUCAACCGACCAAUUCUCGAACUUCGAAGCCACACAGUUGGGUAAAGCAAUCGUGACCUCAUCUCUUGACCCAGACGACGGCAUAUUUAUACACAAGGAGCUGAAGAGGGCCCUUCAAGCCUUUGUGAUGGAUGGAGAAAUGCACAUCCUAUAUACGUUCACGCCUGUUCAGGAUAUGUCAGUCAAUAUCAACUGGAAAGUCUAUGCAAACGAGAUGGAAAAUCUGGAUGAGAGCGGACUCCGAGUUCUGAGCUUCUUAGGCUUGAAGCCCACCGAGAUCAACAGGAUGAUGCGUGGAGGGUCCAUGAAAACAGAAACAGCCGCAGAGAAGGAACUCGCUCGAGUCUAUCAUCGAUUCUAUCUCGCUUUGCAGUUGCGUGACCUGUGCAACGAGAUGCCCGUGUACCGCGUGGCGCAGAAAUACGCCAUGCCGCGAGGGACGGUCCAGACGUUAGCACAGUCCAGUCAAGGCUUUGCAGCCGGCAUGAUCAAGUUCUGCGAGCAAAUGGGAUGGGGAGUCAUGGCAGCUGCUUUGGAUCACUUUUCAGACCGUCUGAAGGCCGGAGCCAAGUCUGAUCUGCUGGCCUUGGCAAAAAUAACCUUUGUCAAGAGCCGCACCGCUCGUGUCUUUUGGGACAACGGCCUCCGAAGUGUCGCUGCCGUCGCGAAUGCCGAUCCAAACGAGCUCGUUCCCGUGCUUCUGCAAGCGCAACCAAACAAGAUCCGUCUAGAGGCCAAGGAUGAGCAAAAGUAUAUGGAGAAGCUGCUACUCAAGGCAAAAGUUAUCGCUGAUUCAGCAAAUAGGCUUUGGCAGAUCGAAAUGCAGCAAGAUAUGGACGAAGAGUGA